CUUAAUUAGUAACCGUAUAAGCUUGUGUCACGAUAUAUUCACCAACCAGAGUUGAGAGUGAAGUCAAGUCAGGGGCGGUGAGUCAGAGUCCAGUCACUAGCGCGCUAAUCGAAGAUAAGAAGGAAUAACACGAACGAGGAAAAUGAGGUGAUUGGUCAAAAAGUAAGUGUAAUGAACGCUCUCAAACACGUAACAUGUACCCCUCGCUAUCCCUCUUCAAAUGUCAGUGAUCUCUGUCAAAUCACUCCAAUGCCUCUUCUUCACCACAUGUAUCUCCUUCCUCUACCCGCCCUCUCUUCAUUUUUUACUCCAUAUGGCCUACCACACCCCACCCCACCCCACCCUACUUAGUAUUACAUAUAUAUACCUUCGUUUCCUCAUCAGUGAUGAGUCAUCACAUGCCAGCCUCUUGAAUUGAUAAAAAUAUAACAUAUCUCAAUCUCAUCCAUCCCUUGCUUUCUAUAAAUUACUCAAAAUAAUCAUGGAUGGUGUUAAUCCUUUCUAUGCGGGUAGUAGUUCUUUUAAUUACGCCAAUAGUAGUAAAGAUGGUGAGAUUUUGACGACGUAUAGGCCCAUCUCCCCCGAGCCUGAGCUUACACCGCUCGUCGGAGUUGGAGCCAGAGGUGAUGCUGGCGAAGGUUCUAGUUCUGUCAAUGCCUUUCCAGAAAGCAUCAUCAACUCGCCUUACCUCUGGAAUGUUUGGUCUCAUUUGCAGGCUAGACCAACCCAAUCUUGGGAGAGAUCAGGCUCCUCAGCCUUUUCACUCCCUAUUCCCUUUAAGAAGGUUAGUUUGUUGUGUGGUACUCCUCUUCAAGAUAACUACCCGAUCGGGUUAUUUGAUCGGAUCUCGACCCACUGGAAUCUUUCUCCACGAGGGAUGGAAAUUUCGGUGCAAGCCUCGACAGGGACAUCAAGAAUAAAUUUAAACCGGGAAGUUUCUCGGAUUCCUAUGGAAAUUGAUUUCAUGCCACGGUUGAGCCGCUGCCGGUCGGAAAGGAAACUCGGCGUGAUCACCCCAAAGCCAGUCCGCCCUGUCCGGUCCACCAUUUUCGUUGGAUGCAUGGACGUGGUAGAGGAAGAGAGCUCAGACACAUUGGAGAUGGUGAUACUGAAGACCGCAAAGGAGAUAGAGGGGGAGGCGGAGGCGGAGCAUCAUCCGGUGGUCGUCUCCGACAUGAACAACAAAGUGAGGCUGGCCAAUUCCGCUUACAAGAAGAUGGUCGGGCAGCCGGAAUGCAUCUGGUUGGAUUGCAUGCCGCCGUCGUGUAACCCAUGCAAUAGGAUCGGCGGGGAGGUAGUGCUCCGGAUCUUGGAUUCCGACGACGCCUACGGGGGUGGUGGGGCAGUCGCUUUAUCGAACAGGUUCAUUUGUAGGGUGAUGAUCGAAUGGAAGGUGAUGAACAAGAAGAAGAGCGUGAGAGCUUCUUGUGAUGCUAUGAAGUUAGCUUGCCAGUCAAAGAACUACGUCUUUCAAUGGAAAUUUCAUAUGAUCACAAAAAAUCUGCCUCCUUCCAGAGCUCGAAAUAAAUUAAUUUAAGUAAGAUUCUAUGGUACUCAUAAGGUACCAUACUUUUGUCUACAUGGAUCAAUCAGAAUAUUGCGGUUGAAUUAUUUAAAUCUAAAUUAAAAUUGAUAUAAUGAUUUGGACCAAUCAAGUGAAUGAUAGGUACGAAACCCCAUUUUUUUUAAUGGGUACCAGAGUUGUCACAUUUAAUUUAAAUCAUUUAAAGGGGAU